AUGAAAUUCGAAGAGCUUACAUUAAUGCUGGUCCGUACUGACCUCUGGAAAAGAAAGUCAUCUUCGUGGUUUUCAACCUUCGUGCCAUGUGGGCAUUUUGCACAAUGUGUAUUCACUAUAGAUGGAUUCAGGAAUUGGGAGAAAGUUAGAAAUGGAAAAGAUUGUGCUUUUCUCAAUCAUAUAGGAAAAUAUCCAACUUCAUUUCACGGAGUUGCUGAGAAGUCAUAUGAAGAUUUAAAGAACCAAUCUCAACAUAUACAGAAUGUGUUUGAAAAGCUCACUUCUGAACAAAUUGCAAACAAUCGACUGCAGUUGAAAGCCUCAAUUGAUGUUGUUCGAGUGCUUGCAUUUCAAGGUGUUACUUUUAGAGGUCGGGAUGAAAGUGUGAGUUCUACAAAUCGUGAAAAUUUUGUUGAGAUAUUGGGUUUGACGAUUUCAUAUAAUGAACAACUUGCUGAAGUAAUUGCUAAAGCUCCCAAAAAUGCCACUUACACAUCACCAACGGUACAAAAACAAAUUUUAGAUGUUUUUUCAACCAAAGUAAAGGAAGUAAUUCGUAAUGAAAUUGGUGAUGCAAAGUUUUGCAUAAUUGUUGAUGAAGCUCGUGAUAAGUCAAUGAAGGAGCAAAUGGCUAUAGUUUUAAGAUUUGUUGAUAAGAAUGGCUUUGUUAGAGAACGCUUUUUUGGACUUGUUCAUGGAUAUGGUGGUGCAAGUAAUAUGCGAGGGGGGCGGAAUGGGUUGCAAGCUUUGGUUUCAAAUGAUUGUCCAUAUGCCUACUACAUUCAUUGUUUCGCACAUUGUUUGCAAUUGGCAUUAAUGGCGGCGUCAAAAGAAGUCAUUUUUGUUCAUCAAUUUUUAACCAAAUUGAAUGUUGUUGUCAAUUUAGUUUGUGCCUCAUGCAAUUGGCAUGAAGAAUUGCGGGUUGCCCAAGCUGCUAAAAAUGCUUACAUGAUUGCAAUUGAUGAGAUUGAGAGUGGAAUGGGACUUAAUCAAAUUAGUACGCUACAACGACCUGGAGAUACGCGCUGGAGUUCUCACUUGAGAUCAGUUUCUGACUUGAUCAAAAUUUAUAGUCCAGCUUGUGAAGUUAUUGUUAAAAUCAUUGAUGUGGGAACUUCUUCUUCCCAAUGA